UUCAGCUUGCAAGGUAAAAUUCACAGGCACCAGUCCAGUGUGAAUAUUGUCAUGGCGGUGUUUUUCGAAAGUGACAUCCAAAACUUUGGGGGAAAUACACGAUUUUGAAGAAAAAAUCGGUCUAGGACACGAAGAACACUAUGUCGAGACUUUGGCAACACCCCUAUGUCAACAUCUUCAAGCAUCUGAACGUUUCAGAAUGGAAGAAGUCUACAAAAGAAGGGGAGGUGGUCUCCAUCAUGGACAAAACCCUCAAGGGCACAGUCUUCCGCAUCACAGGCGCCAUCCCUGCCGGCAACUACAUCCAGCUCCCCCGUACCUCCACGCAGUCCCUGGGCCUGACGGGCCGCUACCUGUACCUCCUCAUCAAGCCCGUCCCCACCAAGUACUUCGUGGUGCACCUGGACGUGGCCACGGAGGAAGGCCUGGUGGUCCGCAUCUCCUUCUCCAACCUCUUCAAGGAGUUCAAGUCCACGUCCACGUGGUUGCAGUUCCCGUUCAUCUGUCAUCCGGGGAAGGGCUCGGUGGAAGGAGUGACCAGGAGGACUGCCAGACAAGAUGUCCAAGGCCCAGCCCCAGCCACCACCCGUUGGACCGUCCUCCUCCUGGACUUCCAGUACAUCCUCUCCAUGUACCUCAACCGGAGGUACUCACACCUCAAGUCGGUCCGCCUCUGCGCCAACCUCCUGGUCAAGAACCUCUUCACCAGCGACACCCAGUACGAGGCGGGGCUCAGCCUGCGGCAGGCUCGGGAGGCGGGGCUGAUCGCCAAGGGCGUGGCCCCGUUUCCCAGAGAGAUGGCCUACCCUGUACCCAAGGGCGGCCACUGGCACGACCUGUAUGAUUUUAUCAGAUUUCCUGCAGCAGCUAGCCGGGUUCCCUUUGACUCAAUCCAGAUGCACAGUCCCACGCCAAGCAAGGGAGGCCAGGAACUAGGCAAGAUGAGUCCGGAGCGGGUCGCCCCCAAAACAAUCCAUGCUGGCAAAGAUGUGAACUCCAAGUUCUCUGAUAUCAACAAGUUGACAAAUCCAAAGAAGCAUGGUAAGAAGCGGACCAAACCCCCCACCAAGGAGCUACCCCAGGUAGGCUUGGACCACGACGUGUCUGUCCUGCAGGGAGCUCUUGGUGAGGUACAUGUCUUUGCCCGCAAUGACGACGACGUGACUGUCCAUCGGCAUGACAGCCGCACUGGAAUGACAAUGUCGAGUAAAGUCGGUACUGCAAGGACGUCUUCAGCACUGCCUACCAGCCAAGAACCGAAAUACAAGAGUUUGCAGCCAGACCCUAUCCUGUCCCUCCGCAAGAUCAUCGGCUUCGGUGGAUGCACCACAAAAGAGGCGCUCUGGACAGCCAACGGCACCCAUAUCGUCUACCCCUGCCACGCGGUCAUCGUGUCCAUGGACAUCAAGUCCGGCCACCAGCGCUUCUUCAUCGGACACACCGACAAGGUGUCUAGUCUGAGCUUCAACCGGACCACCACGUUGCUGGCCUCAGCCCAGACCGGCCAGCAGUCCGUGGUCCGAGUCUGGAGGUACCAGAAGGGAGAGUGCCUGGCCAUGUUCAGGACCCACGUGCAGUCUGUCUACUGCUUGAGUUUCUCCCAAAAUGGAUCUGUGCUGUGUGGAGUGGGAAAGGAUGGCCACGGAAAGAAUAUGGUAGUUGCUUGGGAUACCUCUCGAGUUGGCAAGGGAGGAGAUAUCUCCAUCCUAGCCAAGGCUCACACGGACGUAGACAUUGUGCAGAUGAGAGUAGCACCAUUUGACGAAACAAAGAUGGUAUCAUGUGGUCGAGACAAUGUCCGCAUAUGGCGUGUGAGGAACAACUCCCUGCGCUCGGCCCCCGUCAACCUAGGUGACUUCCACGUCGCUGAAUUCACCGAUAUCUGCUUCGAGGCCACCCAGCCGGGCUUAGAGCCCGCCGACAAAUUUGUAUAUGCUUGUACACGUUCUGGCCACAUCUUUGAGAUCGACUACAACCGUGUGUCCGUCGUACACAUCCGGCGGUUACUACCGACGGGAAAGGAAGUCAGAGAGAAGGACACAAUGCAAUCAGGGGCCGGCAUUGCCAUCAAUGCCAUGUGCGUCAAUGAAUCGUUCUGCGUGACUGGCUCAGAUGAUGGAUUCCUACGUCUCUGGCCGCUGGAUUUCAAAAACGUCUUUCUAGAAGCUGAGCACGAGGGCCCAGUCACGGCCGUGGGCAUCACGGCAGAUGGCCUGCGCAUCCUGGCCGGUACGACCACGGGCAAUCUAGGCAUGCUGGACAUCUCCACCAGGAACUACGCCACGUUGAUGCGAUCCCACACCGGCACCGUCCUGUCAGCAAGCCUGGACCCUGCCAGGCGACAGCUGGCCACAGUGUCUGCCGACCACUCCAUCAGGAUCUGGAACAUGGAUACCUUGCAACAGACGUAUGACUUCAGCUCCCCCCAGGAGUGUCCCUGUGUGGUCACCUUCCACCCUUCCCUCCAGUGCUUCGCUUGCGGCUUUGACAACGGAUGUGUACGUGUCUUCAGUAUCGCCAACACAAGUCUAGUAUCUGAGAUGAGGCAGCACCGAGGCAAGAUCACCGGCCUGGCCUACACCCCCAACGGCCACUACCUCCUGUCUGCUGCCUCCCUGGGCUCCUUGGCCCUCUACGAUGCCUCUCAGGAAGCCUACCCGCUGAUGCGGUUGCUGGGCAAUAUGGUUGCCAGGGGAGAGAGGUACGGACCCAGCGCCCUGGCCCUGAGCGAGGACGGGAAGCAUGUUGCGUUCGUCGGUCCGUCAGAAUUCACUGUCAUGGUUGUGGAUGCCAGAUCUUUGGAUGAGGUGAUGCGUAUCGACAUUGCAUCCAUCGUAUCAGCAGACACUGAGUCUCCCAUGAUAGAUACAGCAGCGAUGGUCUGCUAUGCCCCUCAAAGAGCCAAGCAGCUCCUAGUGACUACCUCCAACUCUCAUCUGCUCAGGCUGGAUUCACGGACCGGAAGGCUCAUCAACAAGGUGUCCAAUCUUCAUCGGUCCGGAGUGACCAGCAUGGAGGUCUGUUCAGACUGUCGCCAUCUGGCCACGGCAGGGGACAAAGUCAUCAAGAUAUGGGACUUCCACAUGAGACUUGACAUCAACUUCCAGGUGUUCAUUGGCCACUCAGAGAAGAUCCAGCAGGUGGCGUUCACCCCAGACAGCCUGGGUCUACUCAGCGUAGGGGAAGCCAUCUUCAUGUGGGACUUCUAUGGGACAAACCGAGACCAUCCUGCACUAGGAACUACUUUAGAGACUGAACAUUUCCUGAGUAAACCAGAAUCUAGAUCAGAGCCACCACGCAAAAGCCCCGUCCGUAGAAGCCUCGACUUGACUGGAAGUCUACGUCCGCGGGACAAAGCCCCCAUUCCAAGCUCUCCAACCAGACUCCUGGAUGCCAGUGAGGUAUCGACAGAAGACAGAGAAGAAGGAGAGGAAGAGGAAGGCUUCUCGUUGCUAGGCGGGGUGGAAGGCAUCUCGUUGCUAGGCGGGGUGGAGAGAGCAAACAAGGAUGCAGAGGAGACGGAGGAGGUCCUGGUGGGGCCGGAGCUGGAGUGUCGGUCCAGCACGGAGGAGUUGAGCGUUACGGAAAUGGAUGAAGUCCCACCAGCGGAAACCCUUGGGACAAGUCCACGCACCCAGAGACACCGCAGAGCAGACCCAGAGACAGACCCCACAGCCCCACCCCUGCCUGUCCUCAAACCUGCCACGGACAAAGCCAAGCAGAUCAGACCAAGCUGCUACAGUCAUUUUGUCGCCAGGGAGAACCACACACAGAUGGCCCAACGGCGGUACAUAGCCCCUCCCAACCAGGCCGGUCUAAAACUGAAGUCGGUCCUUGGCUUCAACGGCAACGGUAGGAGUAACCUGGUCUGGCACCCUGACACCGGACUGUUUGCCUACACUAGCGGGUGUAUUAUCAUCAUCGAGGACCUGCACACCGGGAACCAGAAGCAUCUUAUGGGCCAUGUUGAGGAGAUCUCUACCCUGACCCUCCAGCAUGACUGCCAGGUCCUAGCCUCUGCCUCUGGCUCCAACGGCCUGACAGCUAGCCAGAUCUGCCUGUGGGAUGUCCAGGGGGCGCUGUGUAAGAAAAUCCUGUCCUACCACGAGCAUGAUAUCGUCUGUCUGGCAUACUCUAGGGACGACCGGUUCCUGGUCUCCAUUGGUGAUUUCCGUGACUGCACCAUUGUCGUCUGGAGCACCCAUGACUACAGCCUCCUAGCAGCCUCCAAGACAGCCCAGCCCGUCCACUCCCUAACCUGGGACCCCUACACCACCAAUGAGUUCUCCUCAGUAGGAGAGACGGGCACCUUACUCUUCUGGCUUCUGGAUGAGACCCAGGGGCGGUUCAGCCUCAACGUCCACGAGGCUGACGUGCCGCAGGACCUGAUGGACUCCAAGCACAUGAUCCUGGGUGAUGUUGCCUUCACCAGCCUACAGUACGGGGGUGACAGCGUGCUGUACAUCGGCACCAACACUGGAGUGCUGUCAGCGUGGGACACUAGACAUAACUCUUGCUUCAUGCAUUGGGACGCAGACUCGGCAGAAAUAGGGUUGAUAGUGAGUCGGUUUGGCAGCAGUCGUCUGAUCACCGGCGGUGCCUCACGUCUCCUACGUCUGUGGUCCAUCUACGGUGUGGGGGAACUCAGGCUGGCUGCAGGAGUAUCAAACGGGCAUGCUGGCCAGGGCCUGGUCAUGGAGGACGAGAUGUCACUAGAUGGCGCCAUCACGGCGGCCGAGUUUGACGACACCAUGGACAUCGGCGUGGUGGGCACUACGUCUGGAACCCUGUGGUACAUCAACUGGGUGGAGAGGAGUAGCAUCAGGAUAGUCAGUUCCCACGUCAGUAAGGUGAACUCGGUUGUUUUCAGCGACAGCGAUUACUUUGCGUCCUGUGAUCACGACGGCAGCCUGCGUCUCUUCUCGUUGCCUGACAUGGAACAGACUCUGCAAUUCCAAGUUCUGGAUCAGAGCUGUCACUGCAUGGCAUUCAGCCCCAAUCCGGUCCCAUCCGGUUCCAGCCAGCUGGUACCAGCCGAGAAGGAAGGCCAGCCGUUGCAGCGAGUGGUAGCAGGCUACAGCGACGGGACAGUGCGUGUCUUUGACCUGGGUCUGGUGGAGAUGGUCCUCAAGAUGCAGCCCCACGGCGUGGCUGUCACUGCCAUCAGCUUCUCCUCAGAUGGUCAUGUUGUUUUGUCUGGCGGCACGGAUGGAAUCAUAGCGGUCAGUUCUCCGACCACCGGCAUGACCAUGAGAGUCAUCAGUGACCACAAGGGGGCGCCAAUCACUGACUUGCACGUCACUACCAACCAGGGUGCAGAGCUGGGUCUGGGCCUGAAGUCCCCCCACCUGUGGCUGGCCGCUAGUGCUGACCGGCGGGUCAGUGUCUGGUCAUCUGAUUGGCCCAAGGACCUGUGUGAGAUGGUGGACUGGCUCAGCUUCCCCGCUCCGGCCUUCGCCCCGGACGGAACGGUCAUCAGAAAGGGGGAUAUCGGUCAGUACCAGCUGCUCCCCCCUAGCCUGGCCCGUUUCUCCCCCACUGAUCAUGACGUCAUCAUCUAUGCCGGCUAUGGCAUGCAGAAGCAGAUCCAGUUCUACAGCAUUGCACAGAAAAAGGUUGUUCGCACCACAGCACUCACUCACUGGGCGACCACACUGGAUAUCAGCCCAGGAGGACAUCUUAUUGCAGUAGGCACAGCAGAACGAUUGAUCAAACUGGUCGAUUACCACGAGAGCAGCUUCCAGGAUUUUGUGGCCCAUAACGACGCCGUUCAGCUCAUUCGUUUCAACCCCUCUGGCAAGCUGGUCUUCACUGUGGCACACAACCAGAUCUUGGUGUGGGAGGUAGCCGUAUAAACGGAACAGCCUCAGAGAUGUAAUCAUCAUGUGUUUUGUACGGUAUAUCAUUUUUUUCAUUGUACUGUGCAUUCACUCAUGUUUCCAACACUUAACUGAAAUUAUUUGAAAUAAUUCAGUUCAGUAUAUCUCAGGAACACCAGUGUGAAAUGGCCGUUUGUAACUUGAGUUUUUUUGCCUUUGAUGUAAUUUUCAGACAUGGAUGGAUUAGGCCCCCCCCCAAAAAAAGUCUCCGGU